UGCUGACAAAACACGCACGCGUGGUGAUUCAUCCACUGCGAGGCCGUCAUUGCGGCUCCGUUGGGUUGAUUUCGUGGGCUGAGUGUUUGGUCGUGGCCCUCGGACGCCCCCACGCCACCCCCACCCGCCCCGCACUCAUCCCACGUCUCUUCGGAGUAAAAAGGCUGCUGCGGCAUCAGCGGCAGCUUCCCAACAGACAUUCCCGUGCCGCCAUGGAGCUUCAGCCUCUCGUGCGCCGGUGAGCCGCAUCCAGCCGAGGGCGGCUCAAAUUCAACAGAGUGACUCUUGCGUCUUUCAUGCCGUGACAUCGGGGGUGUUGUUACCUUGCAGAGACAUAAAGAGUCGCUUGGCGGAGAUUUGGUCGACAUGCAAGAGGACGAUAACUAUUGGCGUGUGACUGGCGGCAACAUCUGCAGCUCAUCGCAAUAAAAGGAUGAGCACUACAGGUCCUGCAGUGACUGCCGCCAUGCUCUAAAGACAACCCGCCGGCCACCAUGAAAGGGUUAGGAGCCAACCGCAGACGACAUCUCUCUGAUGCGUGUGAGCCAGCAGGGUGCCCGCAGAAAGCUCUCUGCCCUUUGACCUCUGAUUCUCACUGCUCCUUCAUGUUAAGCCCAACCAUCAAGCACUAUGGCACCCUGGAUCCUCACUUCCACCAGUAUGCACCCACUAGCCCAACCGCCUUAGCUCCAGACUGCCUUCUGCCUUUCAACCAGAUGUCCAACAGCAGCACCUUCCCUCGUCUCCACUUCACCCCGCAGGCAGAGCAGUCGGACUGUCCCCAAGACUGUAUGGCAGGCAGUGCGGGAGCAGGGCAGCGCAGUAGGGCAGGUACACUAUCCACCUCUGCGACAACGGGCAGGGGCCUGGGUUUGGGUCUCACUGGCACUCCCAUGAUCACAAGUGGAUCAGCCACCAUCUCCUCUGCAGCGGCAGCCAAAAUGAAUCGAUUACCAUCCAACAUCUUGGAUCAACUGGAACGGCAUCUGCCCCUGCAGCGGGACGGCUUUAGCACUUUGCAAUUUCACAGAGGACGUAUGUCAAAACAAAGGAGUGAGAGUCCAGGGCGGAUACGCCACCUGAUGCAUUCUGUGCAGAAGCUCUUUGCCAAAUCUCAAUCCCUGGAAAACGCUUCCGUAAAAGGAAAUGCAAUCACGGGAACCGGUGAGGACAGCGGUAGACCCCCCCAGAGGAGCAAGAGUAAAGAUAGGGCUAAGACUGAAGGACAAAAGCAGAAAUCAAGGGCAAAUGCAUUAGGCCUGUGGAGCUCAGACAACGCUCUUGACAGUGAUACUACCAAAGCCGGCACCGUUGCUGUUGGUUACCGCAACCCAUUAUGUAUGAUGACACUUGGUAGAGCGAUAUCAGACAUCCAGGCCCACCCUAGACAUAUCUCACAGGGCUACAACACCAUUUCUGCACAUUCUCUCAAGUCCUCAAAAAGCAGCAGUGACCUCAAGCUCCUGGGGUGUCCCAGAUCAAAGGUUGGAUCCAAGGACGGAGAAGGAAUAGCUCGGAGCAAGGAUGAUACGCUCGUGAAGAGGGGAUCCUGGUCCAAUCUCACCUUUAAUCAGGCCCGGCAAGUGUUGCAGAAAGGCUCGGCUACAGUCAACAGGACCCUUUUAAAAACAAAGUCAUGCCACCAGGAUCUGGCCAACCAGUUCCUUCAGGUUCCACUAGGUGAAUGGGCUGGCACGUUAGGGCCCGGCCGAGCCAAAGGAACAGAAAUUCCAUGUCGAAGGAUGCGCAGUGGCAGCUAUGUGAAAGCAAUGGGAGACACGGAGGGCAGCGAUGACUCAGAGGGUAGCCCCAAACCUUCUCCCAAAUCUGCAGCCCGUCGCCAGAGCUAUCUGAAGGCCACUCAGCAGUCCUUCAGUGAGCAGCAGCCUCCUCCACCUGCAUGCAAGCCUCGUUGCUACGCUCUCAUGCGGGAGGAUUUUCUUUGGUCUCCACUACAGAGUGCAUGCUCUAUGCAGCAUCUGAGCUCCCUGCCCUCCCUAAAAGAGCUGUCCACAAAUCGGAGCCUUGACAACUUAGACUGCCUGGUGAGCCCACUGAAGACAUCACCGGGCCACGGACGGAAAGAUUUCAGCCAUUGCUCCGCUACUUUAACCAGAGGACCCGCCGUUCAGGUAUGCGGGCGUGGCUUUGGGCACUCUCUUCCGCACUGUGAAGGGGAAUCACAGGCAGUGGAGGCAUUGGACCUUCCUGCGGCUACCUGCUUUAGGUCACGCAGCCAUAGCUACUUGAGGGCCAUCCAGGCUGGUUGCUCCCAGGAUGAAGAUACGGCCUCUGUGGACUCCGACUCACCACCGCCCACUGCCAAAACCUACAACUCAAACACCAUCAACAGUAGGAAGGCUCCACCUCCAGUCCCACCCCGCACCACCUCCAAGCCUCUCAUCUCGGUGACACUUCAGAGCAGCACAGAAUCCGCCCACGACACGUACCUUGACCAACAAGACCACGCCAGUGAAGCCAACAGCCAAUCAGGACGCAGCACUUCCUCUGAGAGUCUCUGUAGCAUCCGCACCAGUGAUCUGGCUAAGAGGAAGCAGGCUCCCACGACUGACCCAGCCGCUUCCCUUGCACCUGCUGUAGCCUCUGUGCCCCCUGUUCCAGCUCCUCGUGACCUUCCACCCACUACCUCUUCCACCACUUCAACAUUGGCUCAGCCCCAAAAUGACUCCCUGAACACUGGCGUCACUUUGGAGCAGCCCCCCACUGCACCCAAACGAAAACUAUCCUCCAUUGGAAUUCAGGUGGAUUGCCUUCAGCCGGACCCAAGAGAGGAACUUUUACCCUUGACUGCCCCCCUUAAAUUCCAGUCAAUUGGAGUUCAAGUGGAGAACGGCAGGCCUCUUAGCCGGGACAGCAGCAUGGCCUCCAGACAAAAUACAGCGACCGAGCCUCAGGAGCCGCCCCACGGAGCCGCACCCUUGGAAAGCAACAAAGCCAAUGGCACCAGCCCCAAAACCACAAAUUCUAACGAAUCCAAGGCGAAGGACAAAGCCACAGAACAGCGUUCUCUUAAACAAACCUCAACUCCACUGGGAAUGUCCACCUCACCCCCACAGACGCUGGACCCGGCUUUGGAUCCUUCGUCACUGCCACCACCGGAUCCCAGCCUGGUGCGCGGAAACUGCAACGCCCAAGGAGACUCGUCACAAGCCGGCACGCCGGCUUGCCUCCGUGACGGGAACUGGUUCCUGAAGCUGUUGCAGGCAGAAACGGGCCGCAUGGAGGGCUGGUGUCAACAGAUGGAGCAGGAGACCAAAGACAACAAGUUGUCAGAGGAAGUAUUGGGGACUAUCCGCAGCGCAGUCGGCAGCGCCCAACUCCUCAUUUCACAGAAGUUUGAGCAGUUCAAGGGGCUCUGUAAUGAAAACCUGAACGUCAAUGCCGACCCACGGCCAACAGCACAGGACCUCGCGGGGUUCUGGGAUCUGCUGCAGCUCUCAAUAGAAGACAUCAGCAUGAAGUUUGAUGAGCUCUACCAAUUGAGAACCAACAACUGGCAACUUCCGGAGAAAUCGGAGGUCAAUUUUGUUGACAAAUUGGUGUGUGCACCCCGCUUCCCAAAACACAAAGGUGACCUUGCUCUUCGGUCUCCUCAGGUUGAAAACAAGCAGCUUCCAUUGUCCGUGCCAAAGAAGCAAUCGAAGCCCAGGCUAUCGGCUGGGAAGGACAGAAGCGUGGACUCGGCUGUGGACAAGCAGCGACAGGAAGCCAGAAAACGCUUGAUGGCAGCAAAACGUGCGGCGUCUGUGCGACAGAACUCUGCAACGGAGAGCGCCGACAGCAUCGAAAUCUAUGUCCCCGAGGCACAAACUCGCCUAUGAGUAGGCCAUCACCCAUCAUCUGUGUCUGCGUUCACUCAGCGACUCAAAACCGGACCGAACCGAAUCAUCCACACAUGUACAACGGAUGCAUCGGUCCAACAUAUGGAUCCAAACAUUGCGGUCAGCCCUUCAGCGGAACACAAAACAAACAAACAAGCAGGAUGUUGAAUACGAUUGAUAUAAUUGACUUUCUGCUAAUUAUAUUCUCCCCAAGUACCGUAUAUCAAGACUGAGAUGUGCGAGUACCUUUUAGACAAAGACACAGCGAAGAAUCUCGGUGUGGCCCAAGUUUACCGUCUCACAGCUCUUGGGAGUGGACCGACACGUUGUGGUUGCCUGGUUUACGACGUGAGCGACCAUUCACACACACUCAGGAUACACAUGCAGGUGUACUCGCUGACCACAGAGUCUUCCUGUUCUCUUUGUAUAUGGCUGCCACACUUUGGCCGUACUCUUUACCGUGUAAAAGUUAUGGGACGAGGGUAGGAAUGCAGAGAACCAGAGGAAGGCAGUAGCAUAUAUAAAUAUAUAGUAUAAAUAACACACUAUUAUGAUGUUCAUUUUGUAAAUGUUGUAUACCAGAUUAUUUGUUAGAAAGAGCUGUGUGUUCAGUACCCAAGAUAGUUUUUUGUUUUGUUUUGAUUAAUAGAUCAAGUACAUGUCCUGUCAGGUUAUAUUAGCACUUGAUGCAAUCAUUUUUGACUUCACCCCCCCCCCCCCGCCCCCCCACUUAGCUUGUCUCACAAACGCACACUACAUAGUUUGUGUCUGUGAUUGUCAUCAUUUUUAAGUCUUACAUUUGUUGGGUUUGUUUUGAGGUGGUAUUUUGGGAAGCACCGCUCAGCCAAUGAGCUUUGGAGGAAUGUAUUGCACGUAUGCAUUUUGCAGCACAUUCCAACUUGAUCACUGCACUUUCACCUCGGAUCAAGUUUCCUUGUCUUUAUUUUUUCUUUCGUUCACCGAAUCAUUAUGACUUUAGCUGCAACGUGUGACGCAGGGGACCAAGACACCCACCACUUGAUAUGUCAUUCCCAUUUACCCAGACCUCAUGAGUGUGUGGGAGUUUUCAUACCACUGGAAUGGCUAUGGAAAAGCAAUAAUGAAAUGGAAUUUUAUCAGCGCAUGCAGUGCAGGACAUGCCCAAUGUUAAGUCAUUUUACUAUUUGCCUCGUAAGGCUUUCUUGGCAUGAAGGAUGAAUGUUUCUUUCACUUGUGAACUGUCUUUAUCCACUUCAAUCUCAGGUUGAAAGCUCAAGGUCAGAAGAACCACUACGAAUUGAAUGGAAAUUUACACCAAUCACUAAUGUGAACCAAUUAUGAAAUUGUUCAAAUCCACAAGCUGGUUCAUGCAUAGAUUUUGGUGCAAAGCAGACAUCAGUUUUUGACUCCACUUUUCAUGCCCAGCUGUGUUAAAAGAUGACUAACUGUGGUACUCCCCAUCCAUAUGACACAUCCUCCUCCUUCUAGCUAAAAGGCCUGUAAUUCUAAUCGCAUAUGGUGCUGCAAGGAAUUUCCUUUUUGUGCCAAGACGGCAGUGGUCAUCAACAUCUGUGUCAUUUGAGAUUUAUUUUUUAGGAGGUGUUUUUAUUAUUUAAUGUACUUAAGUCUUAACAAAUGUUUUUUGCAGCACAUCCAACGGUACACACGUGUAGCCUGGCCUGAAGCCCGAUGAAAGUGUCGAGCCACUUGUCAGACUUCACUCGCGUCCAACUGGUCAGUCCCCGCGUUACACUCCAAUUAUAAUGUCCUGCCCAAUUUUGAAUCAAAGCAAAAAUAACAUUGAAUUGUCAAUGUUGACAGUGCAUCCCAUUGUUGUUGAUUUUAUUUUAUUUGUAUUGCAUCAACAGUGGACAUGUGCAUUUCAUUCUCCAAAGAAAUCAUUAAACAUCCCUUUGCUACA